AUGGGAAUCACCGGAAGUCUAACUCCAGAUCAGCUCGAGUUAUUCCACUCUCAAGGAUAUUUGGUAAUCGAAUCUUUCGCGAGUGAGGAUGAGAUUAGAGACUUGAGGAAGAGGAUGAAUGAGUUGCUGAAUCAAUUUGAUUGUUCCGUCUCCUCCAUUUUCUCCACUAAAAAUCAGCAGCAUACGACCGAUAAUUACUUCUUUGAAAGCGCUCAGAAAAUCUCCUUCUUCUUUGAAGAAAAAGCUUUUGGCGACGAUGGGGAAUUGAAGCAACCAAAAGAGCUUUCUAUAAACAAAGUUGGCCAUGCACUGCAUGAGCUUGACCCAGUUUACAAGGAAUUCACAUAUUCGUCCAAGGUUUCAAGUUUGGUAUCAUCCUUAGGUUACAGGAGACCAGUCGUCAUGCAGUCUAUGUACAUUUUCAAGCAACCUGGAAUCGGAGGUGAAGUCGUACCGCACCAAGAUAACUCUUUUGUGUACACGGAUCCACCGAGUUGUACUGGUCUCUGGAUGGCUUUAGAAGAUUCUACAACUGUCAAUGGUUGUCUUUGGGCAAUUCCUGGAUCUCACAAGAAUGGUUUGGUUAGAAGGUUUGUCCGGGGUGAAAAUGGUGUAACCUACGAUCGGCCAUCCCCGUCUUACGACCAGAGAGAUUUUGUGCCGAUUGAAAUGAAAGCAGGCUCAAUGAUUGCCUUUCAUGGUGAUCUAAUCCAUCAAAGUUUCGAGAAUCUAUCCCAAAAGUCUAGACAUGCCUAUAGCUUACAUGUAGUAGAAUCUGAUGGAUGUAAAUGGGCAAAAGACAACUGGAUGCAAAGAGAGAAAAUGCCGGAGCCUCUUUAUGUUCUUCCUUGA